CCCUGACGAGUCUGAGUUGCCGAAAAGAUCUCUCUAUAUACAGCAUGAUGAGGAUGGCUUGCCAAAUGUGAUCUCUGAAACUUUGGAUAAUAAAGCGCGGCUUCUGUUAAAAAGUUUACUUGACAGUGCAACUGAAAGGAUUUUAAAGGCCCAUUCACGGAUUGUAGCUGGUCAGGUUGAUGCAUCUUUGAAAUGUACGUCUGGACAGCCACAACGGUUGAAAGGCUCGGUGAAAGAACAACAUCUUGCAUUAUCAAAUGCGUUGAAGCAAAGUUGGGAAAAGCAAUCUGUUAGAACAGAAACCGGUGGAUUAAAGUUGGAAGGAGUUGUUAAGCCAGUAACUGAGGUAGGUGUGAUAGAGAUGCCAAAUCUCGUCUUCUCUGCAACUGAAUCUGAAAAUAGCAGGAAACGCUGCAGGGUUUGCCAACGCCCCAAAACUGUGAAGCAAUUUAAGCCUAUAGGGAAAGCCAAGUUUUCUGAUCAUGGAAGACCGAGCUCUAUAAGAGUUACAACAUUGGAGGAUGAUAUGCCAAGCAAUCAAAGUAGCCAUUUUUGCUUCACCUCAGGAAGCAAUGAAAGGGGAAAUGAGAAUGGAGUUUUUCUCGGUGGUGUCUCAAGUGGCAUUGGAUCUGUGGCUUCUUCUUCAUAUAGGCCGGAGUUUGAUUUUGUUAAAACAGAAGUUAGGCAUGAGUUUACUCCUGAAACCGAGGGGAUACCCGAGGACAACAGUUGUUUUUCUAGAGAAGUUUCAGACGCCAUCAAGCAAAUUGAAAUGCAUAUUUCAGCUCUGCAAUUGGAAGCCAAAUCGGGUACAAAUGUCAUUGGAUCUGAGUCGCGUGAUACAGUUGCUGAUUGUUUUCUGCAAAUGGAUAUCUCGAGUGCCAUUAAGCGGACAAAAGGAUUGGUUGCCAGUAGCGAUCCAUGUCAAGCUCGUGCAGUUGUAAACGAUUCACAGUAUCAUUUGGACCGUCAAUGUUCUGUGGAGCCUAUAAAUUCACUAUAUCAGGGUCCUAUUAGGAUGAUGAAUCAACUAACUGAUUCAACAUCUCCAAAUUUGGCUGCUAAUCAAGCUACGAUGACUCGUGAACACAUGAGAAAUGCAGAUCUUGUCUCAAAACAUAAUGUGUCAGGUCGGGGCGAAGAGCCUAUUGAUGAUGACCACGAGAUGCAGAUACUGAAAGGAAAUUGGCUUGCUCUUCAGGACCUCAAGACCAUUCUCAACAAAUUGGAGUCUGCGCGUGAACCAAACAGCUCGGGUCAUGGUUUUGCAAACCGGACAACUCCUGAUCGUAAGGGUUAUAGUAUCUCACAAGGCCAAAACAAGACAGUAAAUACACUUUCUGCUUUGCCUGCUAUAAACCGGGAUCAAGAUCUCGUGCCUUUGAAUCCGAAUCCCAGGAAACCGAGAAUUCCCAAAUCAACCGUGCAGCUGAAGGACAGUGAAAAGGAUUUGCAGCAUCAUAAAACUACGAGGCAGACUUGGUUGGAUUCCAAGGAAUCCAAGCAUGGCCACCUAAUAGAGGCCAGAAAAAACUUGUAUAAAAGUCUGAAGGAUCUAAAUCACUUUGGAUUGUCAAGGAAGGAGAAGUUUACAAACUAUCCAAAAAGAAGGUAUCUACUAGAGCAGGAACCAGAGGCUACAGUGUCGAGCUCAUACUCAAGCCAGCCGAGAAGCACUUAUGGUAGUCAUACCGAAGACUAUUCAGAAUCGGGCCACCACCAGAAUUAUACAGAUGCACCAAUUAGCGGCAGUUGCAGCGAUAGUGAGUUAUACCCUUCACAUCUCAUCAGAAGAAGAAGCCGUUACAUAAAUGACUCAAGCAGUUGUGAGAAUGAGGCUUACUCGCCAUCGUUUCCAGAUAGUGCUAGCUUUCUUCGAAGGAGUUCUACACACAGUGGCGAGAGUGAGGCAUCCUCGCAAUCCAGCCAGCCAGUUAAUUCCUACUCUAAUGAUUCUUCGUCAAAGACUUGCAGUCCUGUUAGGGCAUAUAAAUCUGCUAGUGUGGAGAAAACUAAGAAACAAGUUGGACGGUGGACGAAGUUCAAAGACAAGCUAGGAAUUAUAUUUCAUCACCACCACCAUCACCACCAUCAUCAAAAUAACGAUAAGAAAGCCGAGAAUACUACUAAUCACAGAACCAAGGUAAACCAUGAAACACCUUUGCCAAAGCACAAAGGAAAAAGCCCCUGCCCUCCAAGAAAACAUGAGGUCCAUGAAGAACAACAACAGGCUGUGCAAAAGCUCGGUAAACCUGUGGUAUGUGAUCAACGUGGCAAAAGCCAACAUGGGAGCCAUUUUCAUGCUCUUGUACAGGGGUUGAAGAAUUCAAAGUCACUGAAACAUGGCAACCUGCAGUCAAAGAAGGGGAGACAUGGUAACAAGCAGGCGGUGAAGACAUCUCAUUGGUGGGAGCUAUUGCGUCAACAUGGAAGAUUCAAAAAGCCACCUGCCUUGCUUGAAUAUACCCCGCAAAAGAAUUUUGUAAGACCAAGUGAGAGGAGGUAAAUAUCAUUGUUAGGCCGUUCAGUUUCUAGGUAUACAAGUAUAUUAACUGUUCAAAUUAUCAUAUGUAUAGUCUCAGCAUUGCAAUACCAUUGUAACGAUAUUGUCCACAAAAAUGACCCUUCUAAUGACAACUGAUAAGCACCUUAUUUAAUUGCCUAAACUAUUAAGAUUUAAGAGUGAU